ACAAGGAAAAAAUAAACAUUGCGAAGAAGAAAAAACACUUCCGUACAGUCAGAGUUUACUUCAGCCAGCCUCUCAGUAGUGGGACCCGUAACAAAAUGGCUAAACAAAAAGACAAAAGGCGAGAGAAAAUCAGCGUCGCCACGGAGAUUGACCGUUUGGAGGAGCGACGGGCGCGUUGCCAGGACAACCUGGAGAGGGCGGAGUUCAGGAGCAGGAAGGAGAAGCUCUCUGAAAAGGAGAGGCAGGAACUGGAGGAUGAAAUGGCAAUCAUGAAUGAAAGGGUGCAAAAGUUAGACAAGGAGCUGGAGACCUUACGAGGAGAAAAUCGGAAGAACAUGCUGCUGUCAGUCGCUCUGCUUGUUAUCAGUGCUCUAUUUUACUACAUGUUUUUCUACAAUGAAGAAGACUCAUGAUACCACCCAGAAUCUUAAGGGGACAUAUUUCUCUUCAAAGAGCAACAGCCUCCACACACAUGAAAAAUAGCUGAAAAGCUGUGUGGAUGAAAUACCUCAAUUCUGCCUCUAGAUGGCAUCAUUUCAUUUUCUUUGUCUCAUCUUAUCAAACUGGUUUUAACCUGCACAGUCCAAAACCCCACCACUGAAACUGGAAACUGGUAACUGGUGUUUUAACCAUGUUUGAAUACUUAUUAAUGGCCUGUGCUUCCUUCGUCAUGAUCUCUCUGUCAACUGAAUAUGACUAUUUCAACAGCAUUUUUGACACUUUGACAUUUGGAUAGUUAUACCCGGCUAUGAGAUGACAAACCUGCAUGCUGGACAUCUGCACACUACUGCAGGUGACCAGGAUUGUAUCACCUGUAAACCAUCACUUGUAACACAUACUGUAUAAGGUGAAGUAAGCGAGCAUCUGUUGUCUUUUCCUCAGCUUGUACACAGUCACAGUUUCAUUGCUGUGUAAAAAAACCUUACUGUUUAUUUUGAUAUUCAACAUGAAGAGAAAUUGAGAUACAGCUUGUCACUUAAAUAACCAAGUUUGCCUCAUGGCACAAAUGGACCAAUGUAAUAUUGCAGCAUUUUAUAUAAUAUACAGAAGAGACACUUGGUGCCAAUCAAGACUGCCAUAUAAAUAAAUAUACAAUAAAUAAUAGUGCAUGAGCCACAUAUUGUAUAUGUACAUGUCAGACAGUUAAAUGGAUGGAAAUGCUACUGCAAGUAAGGAUCUAUUUGCUUUUCUUUGUUAA